UGAUUAAUCUCCUUUAAAUUAAAGCUCAUUUCCAUCCAUUGCAACUUGGAAAAAGUACCUAGAAAUUAAAGAAAGAAAGAUGGCUAAUUUCUUCACAAAUACAAAAAACAAAAUUCAACAUCUCUUUGUAUACAUUGUUUCUUGUGGAAAAUCUUCUAAAGAACCAUCAAGAAAUGAUCACCAAGGGCCAUCAAGAGAUGCAACACUAGAUCCCCAAGAUGCAGGGGUACCACCAAGUCAUGUACUACAAAAUAAUUCACAAGGCCAAUUACCACAUACAAUAGUAAUACAACCAGAAAAGACAACACAAAACCAAGGUCAACCAACAACUAAUACACCACCAGUACAAGAAAAUAUUGAACAAGAAGACCAAGGACUUUUAGUGGUAGUGCCACCAAUACAAGAGAAUAUUGUUGAACAACAACAAGGUCAAGUAAAUUCACAAGAACAAAAACAAGAAAAUGAUGAUGAUUUUGUACCUUUACCACCUGGAUUUGUACCUGAAGAAAGAGCAAAUUUUCCAAAACCUCCAGGCAAAAGAUCAGCUCCUAUUAUCAAGACUGGUUGAAAAUAAUAAAUUAUUACAAGGCUUGGAAUUCUUAUAUAUAUAUUGUGAUUAUUAUUUCAAGAAACCUAGCUGUUUUCUUGGUU